GAAAGACAAAAAUUGCAUUGAGAUUUGAGAUUUCUCCGUCUCUGGUGAAGGUCAGAUGUGAAAAAUGCUACAGCUCUGACAUCGACAGCGUGUUUAGCCGGAAACAAACAUCAGAAACCAGGCAGAAAUACGGAAACAAACGCUCACCAUUUAAGCUCGAAAUUAAUGCAAUCGGGUACAAAGAAAGAGUAGCGCCGUUAGGAGAUGUGUGGUUGAAUCCUGAAUCAAAAAGGGUGAUCAGAAUCAGAGCGUGAAGAGCACGUCUAUAUAUGUGCAGAAGGCUUGAAGAAAGGUUCCACAGUCGCUGGAGCGAGACGAGGAAAGAGAUGGGAUUGAGGGGAGCUGUUAGGAGAGACGAAUAGAGGGUAUUUCAGGGAGAGGGAGAGAGGGGUGGGCAGUUUUUCUUUUGUUUAUUGGUUUAUGGAACGACUCGUUCCCCGGGUUUCAUUUUGAUGACUGGUUUUUCAAAUCAUGCUCGUUUUGUUUGAUUGAAAAACAUGCAGAUCAACUUCGGGAAACGCCAUUUCUUUUGGACGUUUUCCGAAGUCAAGGCCUUCACUCUGCGCGACAGAAGUCCAUCGAGUGGUCAAAUGGUGGGGGUAUUUUCCAUUUAAACAAGUUUUCUGCUUUUGAAUAGAAGAAUGUGAAAAUUUGUCGGUUUUUUAAUAGUCCAUGUUCCUUCUUUGACACUUUGUUGGUGUGUUUGGGCAUAAAAAUUAGACUUUAGGAGUACCCAGAACUGCAUUUACUUUGCUUCUGUGUAAUUGCUGUUCCUUUGAGUAGUACCCAGUACAGCAUUUGCCUCGGUUUUGUAUUAUUGCUGUUGUACAAAUUCAGAGAUUGCUGCGCAGAACCUGUAGAAUGAGUAUCGCUCUUGUUGUUGUGAUUCUGAAAGCAGCCUUUGUGUUACGAUCGAGGAAGGCCAUUUGUGGUUGAUGUAAAACAGGGGAAUUCGGGGUUGUAUUUGAAAUAAAGGUUAGAGGAUUGUGAGUGAGGUUUUUACAAAUGGCGGAAAAUGCAACAGAAAUGCGAUCUUUGGCCUUAACACCAACAUGGUCUGUAGCUACUGUGUUGACAAUAUUCGUAGCUGUUUCCUUGCUUGUCGAGCGAUCAAUUCACCGCCUAAGUUUUUGGCUGCGGAAAACUAAACGGAAACCUUUGCUUGAAGCUGUGGAAAAAAUGAAAGAAGAGUUGAUGCUGCUCGGCUUUAUAUCUCUCCUUCUUACAGCUACCUCAAGCACAAUAGCGAAUAUUUGCAUUCCCUCCAAGUUCUAUGAUGGUUCAUUUGCUCCAUGCACGAGGUCUGAAAUUGAUAGAGAAAUUGGAGAAGAUUCUUCCAAAGGCAGAAAACUAUUAAUGGAAUCUGUUCUUGCUCACUCAUUUAGGAGGAGGUUGGAUGAUCUAAAUAAAAAUACCUGCAAAGAGGGUCAUGAGCCAUUUGUUUCAUAUCAAGGUCUUGAGCAAUUGCACCGCUUCAUCUUUGUCAUGGCAAUAACACAUAUAGCUUAUAGCUGCUUAACAAUGUUGCUGGCAAUUGUGAAGGUACACAGUUGGAGGAGAUGGGAGGAAGAGGCUCGCAAGGAUCAACAUGAGACUUUAACUGAAUUAACAAUGCGAAGACAAUCAACCUUUGUCAAAUUUCAUGUAUCAAAUCCCUUGGUCAAGAGUAGAUUUCUUGUUUGGGUGACGUGCUUCUUCCGACAGUUUGGGCGUUCAGUGGUUCAUACUGACUACCUUGCACUCCGCAGGGGCUUUAUCAUGAACCACAAUCUUACACUAAAAUAUGAUUUUCACAGCUAUAUGAUUCGCUCUAUGGAAGAUGAAUUCCAAAAGAUAGUAGGUGUGAGUGGUCCUCUGUGGGGAUUCGUUGUCGCUUUUAUGCUGUUUAAUAUUAAAGGUUCUAAUCUCUAUUUCUGGAUAGCCAUUAUUCCCAUCACUCUUGUUCUACUGGUGGGCACGAAGCUGCAACAUGUCAUUGCGACCUUGGCAUUGGAAAGUGCUGGGAUAACUGGUUACUUUGCUGGAACAAGGUUACGACCUCGAGAUGAUCUUUUUUGGUUUAAGAAGCCGGAACUAUUGUUGUCCUUGAUCCAUUUCAUUCUUUUCCAGAAUGCAUUUGAGCUGGCUUCAUUUUUUUGGUUCUGGUGGCAGUUUGGGUAUAAUUCUUGCUUUAUUAGGAAUCAUCUGUUGGUGUACAUACGACUUAUCUUGGGGUUUGCAGGACAGUUCCUGUGCAGCUACAGCACUUUGCCACUAUAUGCGCUGGUUACUCAGAUGGGAUCAAACUAUAAGGCAGCCAUAAUUCCAGAGAGGAUAAGAGAGACAAUCCAUGGAUGGGGGAAGGCAGCUCGGAGGAAGAGAAGACAUGGUGGUUAUGCUGAUGAUUCUACAGUACACACCGACACAAGCACGGUAAUGUCAGUUGAAGAAUACGAUCACCAGUUGGUUGAUUGCUCUGAAAAUCCCAUUGACACAUGCACUGAAAUCGUGCUACAACCAGCUUCCAUCGAUGCAAGCCCACCUGUUGCUAACGAAAAUUCUAGCAGGGCUGGCACACCUCUCCUUCGACCCUCUGCUUCAAUUUCCUCUACAGCUUCCUUUAGUUUUCAGAAUGAAUGUCUCCCACGAUCACCUUCACUACCAAUCAAAAGAGAGCGAAGGCAAGACAACGGUAAUAAUGACAUGUUUGAGUGUUGAAGAAAAUUUCUUUCGUGCUGUGUUGUCUGUAACAUAAGUUCAUAGAACAUAGAAAUCAAUGUGAGCUUUUGAUGCAAUAGGAUCACAAAAAAUUGUGUUAAACGUACUCAUAUAUUAAUGGAAAUUAUGUGAGCUUGUAGUUUGUUGAGAA